AUGUUCCAGGAAAUCGGAGCGAAAAAUCAAAUAUUGAUAAUAACAACAACAAAACACUUUAUAAUCCGUCAAGAAGGAACGAUUGAAGAAGUAACGCCCGAAAAUAUAUUAUUUGGACAAGUUGAUAAACCCGUUAUACAACUACCUUCACCCGUAGAACAGCGACCAACUAAUAAUAAUAAAUAUUUGAUUUCUGACUUGCGUCGAAAAUCAAUGAAAACGAUCUGGGAAUCUUUAACAGACGAAAAAGUUAUUAAAUCAAGUCAAAUGAAUGAUCCUGGCGCUGACGAAAUACUCAAAUUAGUUCCAGAUCCAUUUGAAAAUUAG